CUUUUUCUUCUGUGUAUGGUGUUUUUCCAUGUUUUGUUAUUCCAAACCAUAGCAUAUUAAUAAGAAUAAAAUAAUAAUAAUAAUAAAAUUGUUUUCUGUUCCUUGUUUGUCAUGUGUUUUUGCGUUCUUUGUUUCUGGUGUUUCGGAAUUUUGUUUGGUUUUCUGAACCAUGUUUGGUUACAUGGUUUCUGCUACCUGCUGCUACUGUUCUUGCAACUCUAGAUGAAAAAGAAUGCUUUUUUUAUUUUUUUUUUGCUUUGUUAAACCAAACAAAGCAAAACCCUUUUUUUCCUUUUCUUAAUAGUGUUGUAUUACAUAGUAUGCUUAAUAAAUGAAAGUGCCACAGUCCUAAGUGCAUGGUAACUGAAAUUACUUUCAUUCAUUGAAAGUUUUCUUAGCUGAAAUAUGCAGGAGCAGGAUCUAGGUACUAGUUCAAUGAAGUGGUGGUGGUGUUUCAUAGAAUCCCCUUACCAUGUUUUAGUUUCCUUUUUCCAUGCAAAUUAUGAAUUCGCCGCCGUAGGUGCCGGUGAGAGUUUAGUCUAGUGGUAAGCGAGUUGAACCAUGAAGAAAAUACCAAAAGUUCAAAAUUUUUUGAAGAUAGUUCUUGGAAGAGUGCAUAGGCAUAUUGAUGAAUGUAUGAAAGUAUGAUGUUGAAGGUUUGGAAGAGUACUAACUCUUUUAGUUGUUGUCCAUUUUUGGAGGGUAAAACUAAAAUUGAAAAAGAAAAAAACUUUUGGAAGAAAAAAAAUUGUUAAAUUAUCCCAUGAAAUUUGAGUGCUUUAGCCUUAUAAUAAAGUAAUCUUUUUGUUUGUACUUAGGGGACUUCUAUAUUAUGAAUUUUUCCAAAAUUCAGUCCUUCAUCAUUAACAUGUUCAUCCAUUUUUGGCAAUUUCCUUUUUAGGCUUAAUCCACAGAGAAAUUCCCAACUAAGAUUCCAUGGAAGAGGUAACAUUAUAGCUUCUCAAAGCCUCAUUGGAGAAGAUGUUUAUGUGAACUAGAUUUCGAAGAAGGGACCAAGAAUAAUAACUAAACCUCUCAUUUUCAAAUUGCAAAGUCAUAUAUCAUAUAUCAUAUAUCAUAUAUCAUAUCAUCAUCAUGUAUCAGAACCAGGCCUUUCCUUCAGGAUCCUAUGAAGAAAUGUUAUCUGGGAAUUCCCUAUUAACUCAUCAUAACUAUGGCGAUUCGGUUGGAGGAGGAGGACACAACAAUGAGCUGAAGUUCAUCACCUCUCUAGGUGAAUCAAUGACUAUGCAGCCUCUUGAAGAGCAUUCGAAUGCUGCUGCGACCGGCGAUCCAUCUUGCAACUCUUUUGGUGAUCAAAACAUUCAGUGCCAAGGUUUGUCGCUUAGCCUUGGAUCGGUUAUGCCUUCUAUUGCAACAUCAAUGCCUCAUCACUUUCAAUACCCGCAGUAUCACAACUCUAGCUUCACUUCACUGAUGAAUGCCAUGCCAAACUUAAAGGGAAAUAAUGGAUCAUCUCUUAAGGAUGAUGAGGUGAGAAACACCGAAUGCAUGACCCCGCCAAUGUCUUCCGGAGGAUUCUACAACUCUAUAAAGAGGGAAGGUUUGUAUAACAAUACUAAUCAUCCUUCAAUGUGCCUCAGCGAAGGCCAGGUCGAUCCGGGCCUACACGGAUCGGCUGGUUUUUCCUCCAGUACUGCUUUAAACUCACAAUACCUGAAGGCAGCACAGGAGUUGCUUGAUGAAAUAGUUAAUGUCCGAAAGGCUUUGAAGCAACCUGGAUUGGAGAAACAACAGAGUUUUCGUGAUGCCGGAUUAGAUGGCUCCAAAGAUUCUGAUGGAAAAUCUAAUAGUCAAUCUAUGCAAGUAUCUUCAGGUGCCAAUGGUUCUGCUGUAAACUCUUCAACCGAGCUAUCGCCGGCAGACCGACAGAAUUUGUUGGACAAGAAGACAAAACUUUUGGCCAUGUUAGAUGAGGUAGAUAAAAGAUACAGACAGUAUUGCCAUCAGAUGCAAAUUGUGGUAUCAUCAUUUGAUAUGGUUGCCGGGUGUGGAGCUGCCGAACCGUACACUGCGCUUGCAUUGCGCACAAUUUCACGCCACUUUCGAUGUUUGCGCGACGCCAUCAGUGGCCAGAUUCAAGUGACUCAGAGGAGCCUUGGAGAGCAAGAGGGAAUACCUCGGCUCCGCUACGUAGAUCAGCAACUAAGGCAACAAAAGGCACUUCAGCAACUUGGUGUGAUGAGACAAGCUUGGAGACCUCAGAGGGGACUUCCUGAGAGCUCUGUUUCUAUACUUCGCGCGUGGCUAUUCGAGCAUUUCCUUCAUCCUUAUCCAAAGGAUUCAGAGAAGAUUAUGCUGGCAAGGCAAACAGGCUUGACCAGAAACCAGGUGGCAAAUUGGUUCAUAAAUGCAAGGGUGCGGCUAUGGAAGCCAAUGGUUGAAGAAAUGUAUAAAGAAGAAUUUGGUGAUUCUGAGAUGAGUUGCAACCUCUUAUCUGAAAACAGCAUACCAAAAGCUUCAAGAGAUGAUGUUCAAGUUUCUGAUAAUAACAAAAGAGAAGAAUCACAAGAAAAUUUGGCAGCUGUUGAUGAUAGUGUUCAACAUGGUAUCCAAAGUAGUGAUUAUGGUGAAAACCUCAUGGAUUCUUCUUCUUCAAGGACUAGUAGGAAAUUGCAACAAUGUGAUCAAAGAUUUAACAUGAAAAACACACCGUUUUCAAAUGCUUCUACAAUACAAAUCAAUCACCAUAAUGGUCAUGAUGAUGGUAAUGGUUGCUUAGCUUCUACUCAUGCAACAUAUGAUUAUUCCGCGUUGGGAAACUUUGCGGCCGUUGGCGGCCAUGUGUCCCUUGCGCUCGAGUUGAGGAACCGCGAGAGCAAUGGAUUAGGCAUGUCAAAUGAUGAUGAGAUACACAACAAAAGAAGUAGUAACCAGACUUUGGCUUCUUCAUCUGAGAAUGAUUUGUUGGAUUAUCAUUUGACAGAACAAGAGAAGCAGCAGCAACAACAACAACACAAGUUUGGGAAUCCACAACAACGGUUGUUACACGAGUUUGUUGUUUGAAAUUUGAAAGUUAAGCUACAUAGAAGUAGAAAUUAGAUCUAUGAUGUUGCUUCUUGUUGAUAAAAAAAAAUUAUUGCAUCCAAUAUACUUAAACAAAAUGAUAAUGUAUUUUGUAAUUGUAAUGGUGUAUUGUAGUACUUAUACUUUCAUGCCACGCCCAAAUUGCUUUUGGACAUCCAAAAUUAAUGUUGUUGAUAAAGUAUUCAUCUCCAUUCCAUACCA